GCCACCCAACCUCCAACUAGAGAAGCUACGGAGAUCAAUAAAUGUAGGUCCAUCAACACAGCCAUCUUUACUGAUCGAGUUCAUUCCUGAAUUCAACUCAUCUCUCCAUCUUUUGAUGCCUUUGUCAGCAAAGGCCAAGAUGAGCUCUUCCUUUCCAUCUUUUCUUCUUCUUCUUUUUCUCUUUCUAACCGUUGUGUUAGUCACUACUUCGUCUGUAGCUCAAGCUCAAACCCAGUUGAAGAACAGGAGCUUGAAAUCUCCUUUCUCCGCCAUCUACGUGUUCGGGGACUCAACUGUGGAUCCUGGAAACAACAACUACAUAAAAACUCUUCUUAAGAGCAAUUUCACACCCUAUGGAAGGGAUUUUCCGAAUCACAAGCCGACUGGAAGGUUCACCAACGGGAGGCUUGCCACAGAUUUCAUUGCUUCAUAUCUGGGACUCAAAGAAUUCGUGCCACCUUACUUGGAUAAGACACUUAGUCUGCAGGAGUUGAUGACUGGAGUCAGUUUUGCCUCCGCCGGGUCCGGUUAUGACCCACUCACGUCGCAACUGGCGAGCGUAAUUGACAUAUCUAAGCAGCUCGACUACUUCAGAGAGUACAAGACAAGGCUAGAACAGGCAAUUGGAAAGAAGAAAACUGCUAAUAUCAUAGAAAAGUCUGGGGUUGUCAUCAGCUCUGGUUCUGACGAUUUCAUGUUCAAUUACUUUUUGGUCCCAAUUCGUCAACUGGAAUUCACUGUCGAUAGUUACCAGCAAUUCCUGAUACAAAAUCUCUGGCAGACAGUAGAGAGUUUAUGGAAGCUUGGAGUUCGAAAGAUUGCAGUGUCUGGACUUCCUCCACUGGGUUGCUUGCCUCUGGUUAUCACCCUUAACCCAAUCAAUACAAAUGAAAUCAUAGAACGAGGUUGCAUCGAGAAGUAUUCAUCUGCGGCAAGAGAUUACAAUCAGAAGCUCCAAGUUGAAUUGGCAACCAUGAAGAAACAUUACGCAAAAUUGGGGGGUCGAAUAGUCUAUGUGGACAUAUACCAGCCAUUGCUCCAAUUGAUCCAAGGACACAAACAGUUUGGUUUUAAGGAGUGGAGGAGAGGAUGCUGUGGAACAGGGCUGGUUGAAACAACGUUCUUGUGCAAUCUCAAGUCUCCAGUUUGCCCGGAUGCUUCUAAAUACAUCUUUUGGGAUUCUGUUCACCCAACGGAGAGAACAUACUUCCUCAUAUUCAACACCUUUAAUGCCACUAUUAAUACCCUCCUAAAUUAGCUCUCUUAUUCAAUCUUCCAACUUCUUCUUCAUUAUUGUCAUCUUAUGCUUUGUCACCACCUCUAUGAUCUAUCUGUGGCAGUCUUUUAACCCACAUAUGCUUUGUCAACAAGUUUUAAGUAUUUAGCCAUGUUUCCUCUUUUCACUGAAAACGGGUCUCUUUCGGUGUGUC